AGUAUGGCGAACUGUAGGGUUCAGAUCAUGUCUUUGAAAGAAGUUUAGCUUUGCAUAUCAAAACAAAAAUAUCAACUUCCUUGUUUGAAAAUUGGCUAUUGAACUUCGUUUUUUUGUUGAGGGAAAUUUGUCACUAAACAUGGACAGCUAUUGACUAAUCCCGUCUUGCCUAUGUUAAAUACUCUUUUUACCUUUAUAUCACUGAAAAAUGGGAAAAACCCCGUUAAAUAUAGAUAGAAAAACCAUAAAUUAUGUAAAUUUCUUCCCUCAUUCAACUUUUUAUUUUAGAAAGAUUUUGAUAUCUAGGCUUCGACUUUUUUUCUACGAUUUUGUAAGGUGCUUUUGUGCAACAUAGUAUAUGCCAUCAAUAUAAACGUCUUUUCACUUGCAGAGGGUUAAGGAGGAAAAGAAAUGGAUCGAAAAACUCUCUUGUUUUUAUCUCUAUUAUACAUAACACAGUCAGCCUAUGGAAAUUCUACGGUAAUACACACAGAGAGGCAUUACGAAUACCCGCCUUACGAUGGGUUUUUUAACAAUAGAGCUGAUCCCACUUGGGGAAGUGCAGAUAGCCAAUUACUCCGUAGAUUGCCUAAUCAUUACAGCGAUAGUACAUAUCAACCGUCAGGACAAAAUAGACCAAAUCCAAUGGAAUUAAGUCUUGCUUUAAUGGCUGGAAAUACUGGUCAGCCUUCCUAUAAGAACAGAACUGCUUUAUUAGUAUUUUUUGGUCAACAAGUUGUCGAAGAGAUUUUAGAUGCCCAAAGACCAGGAUGUCCCCCAGAAUAUUUCAAUAUAAAAAUUCCAAAAAAUCAUCCUGUACAUGAUCCAGAAAAAACUGGAAUUCAAUUCAUGCCCUUACUACGUUCAAGAUACGACAUGAAUACUGGAAAAAGUCCAAAUAAUCCUCGGCAACAGUUAAACGAAAUUACACCGUACAUUGAUGGAGGAUUAACAUAUGGUGUAACGAAAGCAUGGGCUGAUGCUUUAAGAUCAUUCAAAGAUGGAAAAUUAGCGAGUGUAAUUGAAAACAAUGAAGAAUAUCCAGCAAUUAACGAAAUAAGAUUACCUCUGGCUAACCCACCACCUCCUAAAGAUCAUUUUCUGAAAAAAGUAAGCAGAUUUUGGAAAUUGGGCAAUCCUAGAGGGAAUGAAAAUCCUUUUCUUCUUACUUUUGGAGUAUUAUGGUUUCGUUUUCAUAAUUUUAUGGCAAAGCAGUUGAAAAAUAAAAAUCCAGAGUGGGGAGAUGAAAGGCUAUUCAACGAAGCUAGAAAAUGGGUUAUAGCUAUUCAUCAAAACAUUGUUGCCUAUGAUUGGUUGCCUGCAUGGUUGAGUGAUCCUUUGCCACCAUACGACGGUUACAAACCAGCUGUUCAUCCUGGUAUUACCCAUGUAUUUCAAUCAGCCGCGAUGAGAUUUGGUCAUACUUUGGUACCUCCUGGUGUUUUCGUACGAGAGCCUAUGAGAAAUGAUUCAGAGUGCAAAUUUUUACCAACGCUAUAUCAGCAUGCAGGACAAGGCAGCCACUCUGGAGCUGGAUUAAGGACUUGCAAUACUUACUGGAACCCUCAGGAUUUUAUCAGAAAUUUCACAAUCGAUUCGUUGAUUCGUGGUAUGUCGUCCCAGGUGACCGAGAGAGAGGACAACAUAAUAACACCAGAUUUAAGGGGUUUUGUGUUUGGACCUCUAGAAUUUUCAAGAAGGGAUUUAAUGGCUAUAAACAUACAGAGAGGAAGAGAUCAUGGACUUCCUGAUUACAAUACAGCUCGAAAAGAGUACAAUUUAAAAGAAAUUACUCAAUUUAGAGAUAUUAAUCCUGAUCUAUUCGAUUUGAAACCCGAACUUCUAUCCAAUCUUUCUAAAUUGUAUAACAAUCGAUUGGACAAUAUUGAUAUUUGGGUUGGUGGACUAUUAGAAACGACACCUGAAGGACCUGGACCACUUUUUAAGAGAAUUAUUAAAGAUCAAUUUCAAAGAAUAAGAGAUGGAGAUAGAUUUUGGUUUGAAAAUUAUAAAAUUAAUAAGCUUUUUACAAGAGAUGAAGUCGAAGAAAUAAGAAAAAUUGAUCUUAAACAAGUCAUUUUAAGCGUAACAAAGAUAAAAGAUAAAGAGAUCCAAGAUAAUCCUUUUUUUGCCUUAUCAAGUGAUGAUACUCUACUUUGUCCACAACCUUAUCAACUACAAGAAGCUUAUUUAAUGCAGUGUACAAAAUGGAAAACUUUUGACUAUUUUUCAGGCAGUGAAAGUUCUUAUCUAGUAACUUUUCUGUUUUUGGGAUUAGCUGUAUUUGUUGCGCUAGGAAGUUUAGUUUUUGUUACAAAACUCCGAACUAAUUUGGUAAAAUUACCCAAGGAAAAAUCUUUAUCCAUGAAAUAUUCAGACAAACUAUCUCCUGCAGAUAUUUAUGCUGAAGUUACAUCGAAAAAUUCUAUUAGAGCUGCAGAAUGGAUUGAUAAACAUACAGCCACAAGACCUGUAAGGAUUUCGUUCGAUGAACAAAAAUAUACAAUAAAAGUUACUAAACCAUCUGGUAGAGGCAUGCUUAGACAAUUGGAUUUCAAACAUAUAAUUAAUAAAGACCAAGCUACUUUGUUAUACUGUAAUGAUAGAAGAAGUUAUUGCCUAUGUUUAAAAAUUCCAAAGGAAUCUUACGAUUUGACUCUCUUUUUCGAUAUUAGUGAAGAUUUAGAAAUUGCUAUAGAAAUAAUAUUAAAUGUUUUAAAAAAAUGCGGAGUUAAAGUUUCUAAAGAAGAAGCUUCUAAGAAAAAUAUAUUGGCUAAUUCAAAAACAAAAGUACAAAGGCAAAAAGAACUGAAUGAAUUUUUUAAUGCUUUAACAAAUCACGCUUUUCAAGCUGAUAAUGAGCACCUUGGUAAUAAAGCAAUUGUUGACGAAGUUUUAAAAAUGGAAAUUAGUAGAACUGAAUUUGCUGAAGUUUUUGGAGUAAAACAAUCGGCAUUAUUUGUUCAACAAUUUUACGAUAUGCUAGAUGAAGAUAAAAAUGGAUUUAUAUCUUUUACAGAAAUUUUAAAUUUGUGUGUUGCUUAUACAAAAGGUGGAGAAGAAGAGAAAUUAUCUUUUAUGUUUAGAAUUUACAACUCUGACGGAUCUGAUUUAUUAAAUCCCGAAAAAUUUAAAGAUAUCUUAAGAUCACAAAUUGAUAGUAAUAAUACUAAAGAAGUUAAUAAUAAUAUUGAACAGAUGUUUAGAUUUGCCAAAUUGAAUUCCUCCGAGGAUAUUUCUUUGGCUAAGUUUAAAAAACUUUUUGGACAUGAUGUACUAAGUGGAGUUUAUGAUUAUUCGGUCGAGAGAGAGCAUGCAGGUUUAAGAAGAAUUGCUGGAUACGGAGUUACAAUUACAAGAGGAGCAGCAAGUGGAAUGAUGUUCACCUACUCAAGUAUUCUUAUUACUAUGUGCAGGAACAUUAUUACAAAAGCCAGAGAAACGUUUUUAAAUCGUUAUAUACCUUUUGAUUUUGCAGUUGAUAUGCAUAAGUUUAUAGCAUACUUUGCCUUAUUAUUUACAGUUAUACACUGCAUAGGACAUUGUAUAAACUUUUAUCAUAUAUCAACACAAACAGCUAACGAUUUGAGUUGUCUAUUCAGGAAUUACUUUCAUGCAACUGAUGAAUUACCUAAAUUUCACUACUGGUGUUGGCAAACAUUAACUGGUGUUACUGGAGUAAUUCUGACUGUAAUUGUGAUUAUUAUGUAUACUUUUGCUCUUCCUUAUGCAAGACGACAUUUUUUCAAAUCAUUUUGGUAUACUCAUCAAUUAAACAUUUUCCUAUUUAUUUUUAUGAUUCUCCAUGGUGCUGGGAGAUUAGUACAACCACCAAUAUUUCAUUAUUAUUUCUUGGGUCCUAUAGUUGUAUUUGUCAUUGAUAAAUUAAUAUCAGUCGGCAGGAAAAAAGUUUUAAUCCCUGUAAUUUCGGCCGAAUUAUUACCUUCGGAAGUAAUUCAUUUAAAAUUCAAGAAACCGCCUGGUUUCCAAUAUAAAAGUGGCCAAUGGGUGCGAAUAGCUUGUUUACCAUUAGGUAGGGGAGAAUAUCAUCCAUUCACAUUAACAUCUGCUCCCCAUGAAGAAUAUCUAACUUUGCACAUUAGAGCUGUCGGUCAAUGGACAGCUAACUUGCGAAAGAGUUACGAAACCAUACAGCCGUUGCCUUAUCUAUAUUUGGAUGGACCUUUUGGAGAAGGGCACCAAGAUUGGUGUCGAUACGAAGUUUCCAUACUUAUUGGAGGAGGAAUAGGUGUAACACCUUUUGUGUCAAUAUUGAAAGAUAUAGCUUUCAAGAUGAAAAUAAGGGCUCAUAUUCGCUGCAAAAAAGUUUACUUUUUCUGGGUAACAAGGACUCAAAAACAAUUCGAGUGGGUUGUUGAUAUAUUAAAAGAAAUAGAAUCUGCGGACACUUUUAAUUUAAUUGAUCUACAUGUAUUUAUAACUCAAUACAAAGAGAAAUACGACAUAAGGACCAAUAUGCUGUAUUUAUGUGAGAAGCAUUUUGAGAAAACCCAUGGCAAGAGCUUAUUCUCAGGGAUGUCAGCAAUAACUCAUUUUGGAAGACCAGAUUUUCUAUCGAUGUUUCACACACUAAAUGAGGAAUAUACAAAUCUAUUAGAAAGAAAAAUUGGCGUGUUUAGUUGCGGUCCACCACCUAUGACAUCCAGUGUCGAAAAAGCUUGUAGAAAUAUAAACACUGGAAAUCGUUUUAUUCACCACUACGAAAAUUUUUAG